AUUAGAUUUAUAUCUGUUGUGAAAAAUGUAAUUCCUGGAUAGCUGAUUAGCUGCAUGCUUGUUUAAGCAGCAUUUGGAAUAUGCAGUGCAACACAUGCUAUAAAGGGUGAUGUGGAAGGUUUUACAAAAGGAGGAGACAAGGAUACAAUUGAGAAUGUUAAGCACAUUAUGGAAAUGGCAGAGCGAGCAUCUUUAAGGAGAGAAGUUUUACAUACAGAUUUUCUCACACCACUUGUACUAAAAGAAUCAAUGCUAGUGGUAGGAAAGUUGAUCAAUGUCAAAGCUAUUGCUCAGGGAGGGUACCCAGAGGCUGAACGUUGCAGACUCUCAGUUGGACAUCCCGAGGUCUUGGCAACUGAUCCAGAUAUUGUUUCAGCCAUAAGUAUUUCAGGGAACUUCUCCUUUGAGCCUUGUUCUCAUGGUGAUUUCCUUGGAGCAAUCCUCGGCACAGGAAUUUCCAGAAAUAAGUUGGGAGAUAUUGUCUUGCAGGGAGAAAAGGGAGGCCAAGUCCUUAUUGUUCCAGAACUAGCUGACUUUCUCAUAUCGACGUUGAACAAGGUUGGAAAUGUUACUGUCUCCUGUAAAAAGAUUCCAUUGCUUGCACUUGAAUAUGAACCUCCAAGGACGAAGUUGCUAAAAGCGGUAGAAGCAUCAUUGAGACUUGAUGCAAUAGCAAGUGCAGGGUUCAAACUCUCGCGUACCAAAAUGGCAAGUCUCAUAAGUAAUGGAGAUGUGCGUGUCAAUUGGACUACUGUGAUGAAAAGCAACACCACUAUCAGAACUGGAGACUUCAUAUCUGUUGCCGGAAAAGGAAGAUUAAAGAUUGGAGAAAUAAAUUCAACUAGAAAGGGGAAGUUUGCAGUUGAGCUGAUCUGGUACAUUUGAAUGAUUUGUAAUGUUAUUUCACCAGAUACAUGAUAUUCAUAUCGUUUUAAUACUUGGGAAUGCGCUAUGGUUUCGAACAAAUAUGUUAUUUAGUCAUGGGAUGAAAAUAAUUUGUAAUGUAUUACCUGAAAAAGCCACCCUAUGUCUCUCCCAUUCUCCUAUGUGUUAGCAGGGAUACAAAGGGGAGGGCUGAGGGGGCGUCUUGCCCAACAAUCGUUGUUUGAAACUGGUAUUUUUAAUAUAGAGAUCAUUUAUCCA